CGGGCGACGAGGGAACCCGGAAGAGACGUGGCAGGAGGGCGUCGGGUCCAGAGGGAGGCCUCGGGCAGUGACUACAGCCGCCGCCGCCAGACACAGCCCCCUACCCGCGGCCCCGCCAUGGGCCUCUGCAAGUGUCCGAAGCGUCGGGUCACCAACCUCUUCUGUUACGAACAUCGGGUUAAUGUGUGUGAGCACUGUCUCAUCUCACGGCACUACAAGUUUGAGUAUGUGUUGCUGGUUGUCUGCGCGAACAUGGGUGUGCGUGCGUGUGCCCGUGAGGUCUCUGGCUUUGGCACGCCUGACUUUGGGGCCCUCCGUGGUCACAGCCCCGCGCCUACGUUUCCCUUCUCUCUCACGGUUACAGAUAUCUUCCACUGGUCCUGUCUGAACAAGAUGGCUGCUCAGUUACCGAAGAACACGGCCCCGGCUGGGUACCAGUGCCCGAUGUGUAAGGGGCCGAUCUUCCCCCCGGCUAAUACUGUCAGCCCGGUGGCGAACGUGCUCAAGGAGAAGCUGUCCACGGUCAACUGGGCGCGUGUUGGGCUCGGUCUCCCGCUGAUCGAUGAGAUCCAACCUCUCCACGACCAGGAAUCACUUGACAGCACAGACUACGCUGACUGGUCAGUCCUGCCGGAUCCCAGCUCGGACGAGGCCUCCCAACAGACCCAGCCGCACCCGCCGAGCGUAGUGUACUCCCCCCGGCAGGGGUACAGCACAGAGCUGAACAACAGCGGGGCCAAGGAGGGCCAUUCCGUGGUCAGCGUGAUACCGGGCAACGAAUCCAUCGCCCUGACGACUGGAAGCUCUCUGGCAUCCUCGCCCCGAAAGGUCUACGACAGCGUCACGCGGGAAGCAACGAAACUGACCGAAACCCGCAUCGAUUUUGACGACGACAAGUACAGGCGGAGGCCAGCGCUCAGCUGGUUCGCACGGUGGUUCAAGUAAGUACGGACUUCGAAACAGAGUAAAGCUCCCUCUGCAUUGNNGCGUUUUUUGGUGGUCCUGCUGAUCGGAAUCCUGGGCUUCCUCACGCUGCUCGUCGUCAUGUCCAAGCUCGGCAGGGCGUCCGUGGAAAACGACCCUAACUGGGACCUGAUGCAGAACCCCCACGUGCAAGUGGGGGCUGAGUAGUGAGG